AUGGCCGGGAAAAGAAAGUUAAGUGAAUGGGUGAAUGGCAAAGAAGUUAACCUUGAGGAGUUUAGCGAGGAGUUCAGAGCUGCUAUGACUCUUCUAGCGAUAAAGCAUGCAAAAGCAGACGAAAAGAUAGCCAUGGCUUUGCUUGAACGUGCAAAAAGAUCAAGAUUUACUGAGGAACAUGCAAAAACCAAGCCAAAACCCAUUCAAAGUUCACAUUCACAGACAUACCAACAUUUCGGCCCCUACAGUCCCCCAGACUGCCCCCCGGUGCCGAGCCUCAGCGGCCUGAUCAUAGGAGCGUGCUCUAAGCCUUUUGAGAAGCAGUUGACACCUACUGACGUGAGGACUGACCAAUGCAGAUUGUCUUUCAACAAAGCAGACGUCGAGAACUUCCUCUUGCCACUGCUGAACAAGAGCGACGAUCUUGUUCGGGGAACUCCGGUCACUGUGUAUGACAUGAAUGGCCGUAAAGAGUGUUCGAUGACGUUCAAGCGCUGGGCUUCCAAGUUUCACGUUCUUACGGAAGGGUGGAAUAAGUUUUGCAAAGAACAUGAGCUGCGAAAGUAUGAAGAUUUCGUUACGGUGUGGAUGUUCCGCCAUGUUCGCAGUGGAGAACUUUGCUUUGUCUUGUCCAUGAGAAGAAUGCCUGUGUUCAAGCCCUUAAAGAGAUCGAGGACCACAAAUGAUAAUUAA